UAUUCGCAAUUCAUCAGUUGUAAUUGAAAGCAAAUCGUUGCAUUUUCCGGCGGCGAACUUUAUGCAUGUGAAAUGCCGUGACAGAAGUGUGUCUCUUUUCACAUCGCAUCCUAAGUGCUACUAAAACAAAAUUCCUUCUCAAACGGCGAGCGGAGCUUCAAUCGAAAUGGAUGCGUACACAUUACCCACAUACUUCCCACUCGCCUAUACGGAACUGCAGUUUUUGGCAUCCCGUCGUGCCGCGGCUGCCGCUGCAGCUGCCUCCGUGAUGCCCAGUUCCCCUGGUGGUGGUCACACAACGGACGUGAGCAGUACGGUGCCGGUGCCCGGUUCACCCAUUCCGUCAGGAUUGGCAGACUCGACACCCACCACUGCGAAUAUGGCGACAACAAAUGGCACAAAUGGUGCCACAAAUCAGGCGCUGGCAAUUGGCAAUCUUCCCGCCCAUCAUCAUCAUCAUCAUGUCCACAGUCACAGCCACAAUCACAGUCACAGCCAUGUCGGAGUCGGAGUGGGCGUAACUGGACAACCACCGCAGCAACAUGAUUUCCAUCCGGCCUAUAGAAUUCCCAGCUAUAUGGAACAGUUUUACUCCUUGCAGCGCAGCAGUCCCACGGCUUCCUAUCAUGAUCCGUAUGCGAACUGUUCCCCGGCCUUCCAUUUGGCCGGAUUGGGGCUGGGAUCGGGGGAGUAUUUGAGUGCACGUGGCAUGGGUUCGCUGAACGAGUUGCAUCAUGCCGCAGUGGCAGCAGCUGCAGCAGCAGCAGCCGGUUCGCUGGCCAGCACCGACUUCCACUUCAGUCUGGAUGGGAAUGGGAGACUGAGCAGUCCGAGGGCAGGGGGAGCAGGAGGCAGUAUGCGAGCCAGUGUGAGCCGGAAGAGAGCCUUGUCCUCCUCGCCGUACUCGGACUCCUUUGAUAUCAAUUCGAUGAUUCGAUUCUCGCCUAAUUCGCUGGCUGCCACCUUGAUGAACGGGGGGUCGAGGGGCAGCAGUGCUGCUAGUGGUUCCUAUGGCCAUUUGGCCGCCAGUCCUAUAGCGCAUGCCCAUUCCGCAAUGGCACCACAUCUGCAACAGUUGCAGGCACAUUUGUUGCGCGCCAGUGCCGGACUCUUGCACCCGAUGACGCCCCAACAGGCAGCAGCAGCUGCAACCUAUUCGAUGAGUCAUGUGGCAAGUGCUGCCGCUCUCGGCCUCACGGAUGUCGCCCUCAAAUCCAAGGAGCUGGCGGACGGUUUGGCCAACGUCAGCCAGGCCUCGACACCAACCUCCACCUUGAUCAGCAUAGCUGGCGAGGAUUCAACGACGACAACAACAACGUUCAAUAACAAACCAUUGGGAGGAACGAAGAACUUUGAGGAUGGUGCUUGUUGCACGGAACGCCAUCAACCCUCGGCCGCCAAGAAUCAGUCCACGAAGCAUUUAGAGCUGCCCUCGUCCACAUCAGAGAGUGUUGUGGCCCAGGUGGAGGCGGAUAGUGCCUCGGCUAACAUGUUGGAACGACGACAACGCAACAAAUCUUUGCUGGCUCAACAACAACAACAGCAACAACAUGAGGUUAAUAGCCAAGUGGAGCAUUCGGGAUUCAAUGAGUAUGAUUGCGCCACAGCGGAUACAACAGAUAUUAAGGAUGAGCCAGGUGAUUUCAUAGAGACAAAUUGCCAUUGGCGCAACUGCCACGUGGAAUUUAUGACCCAAGAUGAACUGGUGAAGCACAUCAACAACGAUCACAUCCAGAGCAACAAGAAGGCCUUCGUCUGCCGCUGGGAGGAUUGUUCCCGAGGCGAAAAACCCUUCAAAGCACAAUAUAUGCUUGUCGUACACAUGCGGCGCCACACGGGAGAGAAACCCCACAAAUGCACUUUUGAGGGCUGCUACAAGGCCUAUUCUCGGCUGGAGAACUUGAAGACGCAUUUGCGUUCGCAUACAGGCGAAAAACCGUAUACGUGCGAAUAUCCCGGCUGCAGCAAGGCCUUUAGCAAUGCCAGCGAUCGUGCCAAGCACCAGAAUCGAACACACAGCAAUGAGAAACCGUACAUUUGCAAGGCACCUGGUUGUACGAAGCGCUACACGGAUCCCAGUUCGCUGCGGAAGCACGUGAAAACCGUGCACGGAGCUGAGUUCUAUGCUAAUAAAAAGCACAAAGGUUUACCGUUGCAUGAUGCCAACUCCACCGGACACAGAGACAGAGAAAGAGAUAGGGAAAGAGAUAGAGACAAUCAGAGGCAGCAACAACAAUCAAAUAAUGCUCACACUCACCACACACAGAACACACAACAUUCUCAACAUACCCAACAUUCUAAACAUUCGCAACAUUCUCAAAAUCCGCAGAAUCCUCAGCUGCAGGAGCAGCACAUUGAUUCGAGUCCCACAAGUAUCUCCAGUCCCAGUAUCAAAUCCGAAUCCGAAACGACAACAACACAUGCAGGAGGAGGAGGAGGAGGAAUUGGUGGCAACCCUGCUUCCGAUUGUUUGUUGCAACUUUAUCGCCAUCAGGCGGCCGAUCACUGGCCGUAUGAUGAUGUUGAUGUUGAUGCCGCCGAUUUGCCAACAGUUUUGAGGGCAAUGGUUAAUGGGCAUGGUCAUGCAGCAGCACCAGCUGCAGCAGCUACAACAGCAAGUGUUGCAACAACAACAACAGCAGCAGCUAUUGCCCCAGCCACGGCAACAGCUACAGUUGCUGCAACGGCAACGGCAGCAGUUGCUGCCACAAUUUGCCGCCAGCCUUUUCGGAGUCGCCUCCAAACAAAAAGCAAUUCGUUGCUAUCGAAUAUACCCGAAACUAAUCGCGCCAUUGGCAUCAUCGAACUGAACCAGCGCAUUACGGAACUCAAAAUGGAGCCGGGCACAACUACGGCUGAUUCGCAAGUGCGGCGCGAUAGUCAAAAUUCCAAUGCGAGCACCUAUUACUGCAGCAUGCCGAGUCGCAGGAGUAGUCAGUGCUCGCAGCUCUCCUCGAUUUCCACGAUGAGACCGGGUAUGGUUUAUAAUACGGCCGUAGCGACGCCAUCACUCUAUGAUCCCAUUUCGCCGGGCUGUUCCCGGCGUUCAAGCCAGCUCUCCAAUGUUCAAGCAACAACUGGAAAUGGUAUAAAUUUAAAUUCAAUUUCCAAUUUCAAUUCCAAUUCCGGCUUUACUUUUACGGCAAAUCGUAUUGGAAAUGGGACAAGAAAUGCAACGGGAAGUGUCAUUGGAAAUGCUCUUGAAAUAGUGCCUGGAAUUAGGCCUGGAAAUGGGCUUGGCGUCACGUCUGGAAUGAGGCCUGGAAAUUCCAUGGGAAGUGAUUUUGCCAUGGGCAAUUUGAGUCUGCCGCCGCCGCCCUCCUCCCACCUCAUAGCCAGUCACUUGCAGCGCUUGAAUCAACAACAGCCGCCUGGUGCUGCUCGCUCUUCCAGUGGAAUGCUGCAAUUUCCAGCCAAUUAUUAUCACAAUUCGCCAAACGAACUGGAACAAUUUCGACGCCAAUCGGAACCAAUCGCCUGCCGGAAUCAGUUUCAAAUGCAACGCAAUCGCAGCAGUUCGACAACAACAACAACAAUAGUUCCAGUGUCAGUGCCUGUUCCAGCACCAGUACCAGUUCCAAUGGCAAUUCCAACUGCAAAUUUAAAUCAUCCCAAUGAGCAAGUUGUUAAUUUAGACGAAGUUGAGGAAUUAAUUUUGCCCGAUGAAAUGCUGCAAUAUUUAAAUCUGGUCAAGGAAACGGAAAAGCCCAAAGCCAGGACUGGCAAACAGGAGUUGCAAAACGUAAAAUCAAGUUCCACUAAAACAUUUACAACAAAUGCAAAUCUUUCCAAAUUGCCGGCACCACUGGCAAGUCCCAGCCUGGAACUGUUAUCGCCACAAUCGGCUCACACUAUGUCAGCCCUGGGCAGCCCAUACUCGCAACGGAACUAUGAACUAGAAGCGAACCACCAAAGUCAUCGCUAUCAGCCCACAAAUCUCUACAAUCAAAAUAAUUAUCAACUCGCCGAAAAUCCACAAAAUUCGCAACAAAAUCAGCUCAUUGAUUCGUCAAUGACUAGUUUGCCGGAACUGGUUCCGACGCUGCCCAAAAUGAACCAAAGUGAGCAGCUUAGCUGUGCAGCAGCAGAAAUUCAAUGUGGCGUCGUCAGCCAAUCACAGCUUUCGCCCACUGCAGCGCCAGCUAACGGCCAGAAUGCGCAAGGGCAGCAGCAGCAACAACAGCAGCACCAACAACAGCAAUUACAACAACAGCAGUUACAACAACAGCAACAACAACAGACAUCUAUGCAAUCGGAUACAUAUCAGCGCACGCUGGAAUAUGUGCAGAGUUGUCAAAAUUGGAUGGAGAGUAACAGCAACAAUGACAGCAGCAAUAUCAGUCUGUCAGUUCAUGUGCAAAUGGCUGCCAAUAGAACAGCAACAGUAGCAGCAGCAGCUGUACAAAACAAUCACAUUUGGCCGGAUGUGAGCAGCUCAACGCAUCCACAUCCGCAUCCGGGUGGCAAUAUGAUUAUCAAUGAUAUGACAACUUCAUUAAACUCGCUGCUCGAAGAGAAUCGAUACUUGCAAAUGAUGCAGUAA